CGCGACGGGGCGAGGGCAAUGGCUGCAGCAGCCAUGCAUUCGUCGCCAGCAGCAGCACAGGCUUCGGCGGGCGCUUGCUCCUGGGGCCGCGCGAGUCCCUCGGCGUCGUUCGGCGACUGCCCUCGCCAUGGUGCGAAUUUCGACUCGUCCGCAGAUCGUCGUCGUCCUGCGCUCGCCUCUUGCUCUGGGCGCGGGAUUGUGAUUGGGAUCAGAGCAGGUUUCGAAGCGUCUGGUGGACUUGGUAGAAAUGGAGCAGGAGCAGGAGCAGGAGCAGGAGGAGGAGGAGGGCGAGAGUCGUGGAGUUUGGCCCUGCCUCGCCCCUCGACCGCAGUCCAGAAGAGGAGGCAGGGCAGGGUUCGGUUCAGCUCGCAGCGCGGGGUGGACCCGCGGGAGCAGGACAAGGAGGUUACCGUGAGGGAAAUUGCCGAGCUUGCAGGCAGUUUGGUCUCGCUCAAGCGCUUGAUUGGGAGUGGAUAUCGAGCAAUUGGUCCGGAAAUGCGAGACAGAGUCGAUAGGCUGUAUGAUCGAGUUAUGAUUUUACAGGAAUCCGCCAAUCGAGCUGUGACCAAUCAGCUCACGGCAACUCUUCGAGCUUUGCAAAGAGAUCAUGGUUCUCUUGAGAAUAUUAUCAGGCUCGCCAUGGAAGCAGAACCUACUCUGGCCAACUUCGACUCUGCUGGUGUGGAUUCGGGUAUGCCCAAGGAUGUCGAGAACAACAUUCAGCUAGAAGAUUUGAAACCUAAAGCAUCCAUAUUUCAGUCUUUAAUUCGUCAAAGUGCCGUGGAGCCCUUAUCAACUUCAACGCGUUAUGUUAUGACAUCACCAGCUAGUCAGGGUUCUUCUCCGCUGGCGGCCUUUCGUGCAGAAAUAGAGAGACGCGUCAUGAAGCAGCUUUCUGAAAAGAGAAAUAUGGCUCCUGUAAAAUCAUCUACUGACAUUUCUACGGAGAAAGCUCCACUACCUAAGAAGGCUGAAAGUCAAGGAUUUGAGAAGCUAUCUUCGCAGGACCCUAUUAGAGAAGAGAAGAAGGAAGAUAAAAAAAACUACUCGGAUAACAAUUUUGAUAGCGACAUCCAACAAGAAACGCCAACGAAUGGUUCAGGUUUAUCAAGCUCAAAUUUGAUGGCGAAAGUGGAAGAUGUAUUGAGUUCCACUGAAACAGAGAGCCUUAAGAGGAAUAUGAGCACUAUAAGACAGGAGCUUCAAGGACUGCAACAAGUCAACAUGAGAGCAGACAUGGCUGAGAAUAAAAUUCAGCAACUCGAAGUAGAUCUGGCUAAGACCAUUCCUUUGGAACUUCAUGAGCAAAUGGUGAGAAACAUAAGAACGUCUUUAACCGACGCACGAGUGAAAGUUCUUCAAGUAACUGGUGAGGUUAGGGAGAAAGAGGCUAUGCUGGAGGCCGUAAAAAAAUCUAUGCUUGCAGAACAGGACAAGCUCGUUAACCGGGUACGGCAGCUCACAGGUGAUCUCGCAAGAAAAGUUUCCCCGGAAGAGAUGGAGGCAGCCGUGUCAUAUGCCGUGGGCGAGGUUGAGAAAGAACUGGAGAGGGUCCAGCAACGAGCGAUCAGUCUGAGCCUUGAACUUGAGAAGAAAGAAAGGUUUUUAGUGCAACAACAAAAUGAGUGGCUGAUACUCAGGGAGGGUUUGGAAAGUGAGCUUGCAAGUGUUAAGCAAAGGUUGGAAGCUGUAAAUAGGAAAAGAGCUGCCGAGCGGGCAGAACUUAUUGAGGCACAGGAGAAAGUUAAGGUAUUGGAAAAGGAAGUGGUGAGACUUCAAGAAAGUGAGGAUGAAGCUCAAAGUCUCAGACUGAAGACGAAAAAGGAAACUCUCGCCACGGUAAGAGUGCUCAUCUCUCAUAUGGUGCAGUCAGCGCGAGCUAAAGCUAAGAGUGAUGAACAGGCGGUUAGUCUUGUACAGGAGGUGGCCAAGCUUCAAGAAGAAAAAACAGCGUUGGAGCUUGUCAAAAAGGCAGCAGAAGAGAAAGCCGAGCUGGCAGAAGCGGAAAUGGAAGGUAUGAGGUCGAGUCUUGUCACCGUCGGAAAAGAAGUUGAGACUCUGCAAGGCGCUCUGGUACCAACUCAAAAAACAGCUGCCCUAGAGAAUUUUUUUGCCGCUAUGGCGCAACUCAUAAAGAAGGAGGAUGAGAGGAUGAACAGUCCCCCCUACAACUUCCUGCAGAUCGAUUCCUUUGGUCGAAGAAGAAAUUUGGAGGACGUAUCUAGAACUGGAGAUGAUGGACAGGAGGUAAAGAACAUGGUUACUCUGCAAUAUGAGUCCAGUUGGGAGUGGGCAUACCUUCAUUUCAAAGCCGACGAUUCAGGGUGGACAGAAGUACCUGGCGUGCUGAUGCAAAAUGACGGAAGUGGACCGGAAACUCAUUUGAAGGUCCUCGUCAUUCAGGCUUCAUCAGUCGAAUUUGUUCUCAAUGACGGAAAAGGCUCAUGGGAUAGUGCACCCGGGGGUGGAAACUAUUUUAUUCGAGAAUCUGGAAAUUACUAUCUAUCUGCUGGUAAUUUGAAGAAGAUAGAGUAGAAUCGUGACACGGGAGACUUCGCUUUUGUUUUUUCACUGCUGCGAAGUUCAAAUCCAAGCACCCUGCAUGCGAGUGGUGGAAAUGGAGAAAGUGUAAGGGGUUUUGUUAACUUGUUUCUGAACUCAGAAAAGAUGAAAUUGGGAAUUGCCAAUUGUGAAUAGGUGUUGGACGAGUAGAGUAGCAUCGCUUACUUUUAAAACUUCAUGCAUCUCUUACCGCAAGGAAGGUUGCAUCAUUCUUCCUGUAAUUUCUACUGUAGUUUAUAUUCCUGGUUAGCUGCAACUUCGGACAGCAAGAGACCAGGAACAGGUCUUGAUCGUCCAGAAUGUUUCCCAGAUUUUCUCUAGAAUUGACAAACUGGAUCUUCUACUACGAAAUGGGUUUCCUACUACUUCCCAUUUCUGUCGAUGAACACUUUCAUCGGAGUGUUAAAAAGAAAGGGAUAAAUUGGCCGAUGUAUCACUGUAUACAUUGGAGAUUGUUACGCGUGUACAGAAUUUCGACACUGUGGAAUGCUUUGAAUAAGUCGUGUAAUCGAGCCCCAACCAAAUGCAUAUUGGAGAGCUAUGAACUACGAUAUGAACUACAGUCGCCUAUUUUGUCAACAAUGAGUA